AUGGCUUUGAAACUCCACGCCUCUUUCUCUCCGGUCUUUCUGGUGGCCGCCACCGCCCUCCUCCUCUUCGUCCUCCCCUCGGCCUCUGCCAUCCGCGGUGCGGGCGCCCACAGCGGCAACACCAAUCUCUGCGCCCACGCCGACUACCAGGCCCUCUGCAAGGCAGUGGUGAAGAAGGAAGUGCACCCCGCGGCCGCCACUGAGAAGGCGAUCCAGGCCGCCCUCAAGCAGGCCAACAGCGCCAAGUCGCUGGCCGCCAAGCUCGAGGCGGCCAAGAAAGGGGCAGCCCGGGGCGCAUUCGACACUUGCAAUGACAACUUCGACGACGCCAUCAGCAGCCUGCAGACCUCCCUGACCAGCCUCAAGGCCAAGGACAAGGGCACCCUCAGCACCAACCUCUCGGCCGUGAUCUCCGACACGGUGACCUGCGGCGACGGGCUGAGUGAGGGGCCCGCCGGGUUCGGGGCGGACCUCGUCAAGGCUAACCAGCUCCUGCGCCAGCACGCCAGCAACUGCUUGGCGUUGGCAGAGCAGGUUCACUGA